UUAGCGUCGGAAAAAGUUAUCACGCUUGUUUUCAUGCCAGUUUAGAAAGAAAACUUGUGUGUCAGUUGUCUGUCGACUCUCGUGAGGUUGUGUUUUGAGGAAGCUGCAGGGAACACGUCACCGGGACACAGCUGCCGCCGCUACGAGCAGGUAUCUAAAGAAGAUUCACUGUCAGCAACUUUCAAGGGACCAGUACCUCCAGAAGGAUGAGGGGUGAGCCACGUCCCGUUCAGAUCGUCACUGUGUCUAAGGACGACCACUCGUUUGGGUUGGACACCAAGGCUCUGGCUGAGAUUCUGUUGGCUCCAGAGGUGCGAGACAAACAUGUGGUGGUGCUGUCGGUGGCCGGAGCCUUCAGGAAAGGAAAGAGCUUCCUGCUGGACUUCAUGAUCCGUUACAUGCACAGGAAGGGGGACGAGAACUGGCUGGGUAAGGAGGAUGAGCCGCUGACUGGAUUCUCCUGGAGAGGGGGAUCAGAACCAGAGACGACAGGCAUCCAGCUGUGGAGUGAAGUGUUCCUCGUCCCGAAGAGCGACGGAACAGAGGUGGCCGUGCUGUUGAUGGACACUCAGGGAGCCUUCGAUGAUCAGUCCACAGUGAAGGACUGUGCCACCAUCUUUGCCCUCAGCACCAUGACUAGCUCAAUACAGAUCUACAACCUGUCACAGAACAUUCAAGAGGACGACCUGCAGCAGCUACAGCUGUUCACGGAGUAUGGUCGUCUUGCUUUGGAUGAAAUCUUCCAGAAACCCUUUCAGUCACUGAUGUUUCUUAUCAGGGACUGGAGUUUUCCGUAUGAAUACACCUACGGGUUUAAAGGAGGCAACGAGUUCCUUGAUAAACGUCUGCAGGUUAAGGAGACCCAACACGAGGAGCUGCAAACAGUGAGGGAUCACAUACAUUCAUGUUUCACCAAAAUUUCCUGCUUCCUGUUGCCUCACCCUGGGCUGAAGGUUGCCACCCACCCCUCAUUUGCGGGGCAACUUCGCGAUGUGGCGCCAGAGUUCCGAGAUCAGCUGAAGAGUCUGAUUCCUAAACUGCUGAAUCCAGAUCAUCUGGCUGAGAAAGAGAUAAACGGAAACAAGGUCACCUGCAUGGGCCUGCUCGAGUUCUUCAAGGCUUACAUCAAGAUUUACCAGGGUGAGGAUUUACCACAGCCAAAGACGAUGCUCAUGGCCACAGCAGAGGCCAACAACCUGGCAGCUGUAGCCACAGCCAAAGAGCAGUAUUACAAAAGCAUGGAGAAGGUGUGUGGGGGAGACCUUCCCUAUGUGGCUCCUGAGUCUCUGGAGGAAAAGCAUGUGUUUAACUCCCGAGAGGCUCUUCACUCCUUCUCAUCCACUAAGAAAAUGGGUGGACAGGAGUUCUGCGAUAAAUACCAGGCACAGCUGGAAAAGGAGCUGACAGAGAUGUGGCAGUCUUACUGCAAACACAAUCAGUCAAAAAAUCUCUUCAGUGCCUUCCGGACGCCUGCAGUGCUGUUUGUCCUGGUGUGCCUCCUCUACAUAGUGUCGGGUGUGCUACUCUUUGUUGGCCUGUCUACCUUCGCUUUGGUGUGUGACUGUACUCUGGGCGUGGUCAUGAUGUCCAUGCUGACGUGGGCCUUCAUCCGCUACUCUGGUCGGUACGGGCAUGUGGGCGGAGCCAUCGACCAGGCUGCAGGUGUCGUUCUGGAGCAGGCGACCGUGGUGUUGAACAAGUCGAGGGGGGCGAUUCCUGUCGAUGUGAAGAAAUCCAGUUAGAGGACCUCUGAACCCUCAUAAUCUCGAUGCAGUGCCACCAGCACACAACACAAGCACACAUUCAGCAGUAAAGCCUUAUCACGCCAUCAACUGUAACAAACAUGCAGCUAAACUACAUUGGCACUGGGUUCAAAUAUGAUGCCAAUACACAAGCAUCUCUAUUAUGCAGAAUUGCUCAUAGAAAGAUGACUGGAUUCACUGAGGGGUCAAUGUUCCACUUCAUAACAGACGAGUCAAUGUUUACUUAAAAAACUAAAGAAAAACACUUAUUUCAGCCGAACACAUCUGAUAUGUUGUUCAGAGCAGCCGAGACGUCUCAAACAUGCACCUUAACAGAAAACACAACCGCAAAAGUGACAGCACAACUAAAAAAGCCACACAAUGGAAACACAAUUACAACAAAAGCGAACGAAGCAGAGUUAGAUGGCUCAAGUCAUGGAUGUACGAGUCAAGCGAGCUUUCGUUUGUGAAAACACAGACAAGUCAGUUGCCACUUACAACGCGAUGCUUAAUACAACUCAAAUUAGAAGCGUCACAUUUUAAGCAGCGGCUUGACUGGGAUUUCACACACGACAACUUAAUAGACCACAACAAGAAAAAAAGAUUUAAUGCAGAAAGUUACUCUGCCUGUUUCAUCGUCAACAUGUCGGUAGUGUUUCCGUCAGGUGGCGCUUGUAUUCUUGUUUCCUGUUAAAGCGCUAGCGUGAGACCUCUCAGCCACCGUAGUCGUCAGGGUGCUUCUCAAACAAAGCUUUUGCAGUUUGUCUUUAAAUAAUAAUCUUUAAAAAGGCUGGCUUGAAGCUUCUACAUUUAUACAUAUAUUUUUGGGUCACUAUAUAUAUUUUUUCUCUUAUUCGCCUUAAGACAUUCCAUUCAGCUUUAGAAUUGCAGCUUGUUUGAUAUAUAUUAGCGUUUGGAGACGUGGUGAACUGUUGCUACUUAGAGAGGAAAGAGGAUACGCACUUUGUAUUUAGCAAUGCUGAUUUUGAGAGCUGCAUGUUUUGGGGAAUUCAGUUUGAGUUAAGUGCUUUGCUAUUCCCUCUUAGACGGAAACAUGAUGCACUUUGUUGAUUUUGAUACUAUAUUCUAGACUUUAAGAUACUUUUAUAGGAGCUUAUAUUCUGGAAAACAAAAUAAAUAGGACAUAAAUGUAAUACUCAAAGGUGUUGAUCGCCCAAUUCAACCAGUCAGCCAAAGAAAGGAGAGCUUUAAAUGUUUAAAUAAAAAAAAUACUAGGGCCUCAAAUAUCACGAUUUAUGACUUUAAAAAUACUUUAAGGUGUAAACUGGGGACUUGCAUUAGUACAAAGAUGUAGAAAUUGCACUGUUUACAAGAACUCGGAUGAACACUUUGUGACAAGUGACGUUUUGUCAGACAUUAAAAGUGUUGGACUUUCAUGGAACAAAUAACAAGCAAAAUAUUAAAAUAGACCUAAACAAGCAGCAGAGGAUUACAGUAAAUGAGACUGUUUGGCUUUUUGUACAUGCACCUCAGUUUCCAAUAAAUAUCAGCACUUUGAUGGAUAAGGAUCGCAUCUGUUUCAAAAAGCCUCAACACACAGUCCUGUUUGUAUGUUUGCUUUUCAAAGAUCUCUCCUUGGCAGCCUGUGCUGUCAGCUCCAGCUUGACAAAACACUGUGAUAUAAAAAGUUCACAUCGUUGAUCCGGCCUCAGGUAAAUUGGAUAUUUCAACUAUUUCUAAACUUUUGAAGUCUAAAACUUGUUUCCAGUAAAAGAAGAGAAAAAACUACGACACAGGUGAUCAGUCCAGACAGAAGCAAUCUCAGGUCAAACCUCUGCUUCAAAUGGCUGACAGGAAAUUUUACAAAACAUUUAUUCAAAGCAUAUAGGACAGGAAAAAGAGUAUGGGAUGACUUUGUUUCUGAGUUAGUUGUUUACAUGGAGCCUUAUAACUAAUCAGUCAAAACGCAGUCAUGCAGAGAAUUAAGAAGGUCGACUGCUCAGUGGAUUUAUUAGUUUUCCAUUAUGAGGCCAAAAAGUGUCUCAGGCCAAUUCCGAAUGAGUCAGGCAUUGGAUUAAAGGACUCUAAUUGAUUCUUUGUUAUUAUGCCCAAAAUCUCUAAAUAGGUUAAAAUGUAGGGGAUCAGGAAUAUUUCAGGAUAGGAAAGUGGAAUUGAAGUCUCUUAGUAUUGUAAAACGGGCCUUUUAAAUGCUUAAAGUAUUGUGUCACCUGAGUGCAAAGAAAGGCUGAUCCUCAACUACCUGUAUGGAGGCAAUUGCUUAUUGUUACUUGUUACUGUAGAUAUACGUCAUAAAAUUCAGGGCCAAACUUGACCAAUAAAUAUUGAGGAUGAGUAGUGUUGAGAUUCUCAGUCCUUGAUUUUCCUCCAUCAUUUUGCACAUUCCACGGUUGUUACCUUUCUACAAGAACAGAUACUUCAAGAUGUUUUGCAAGCUUAUACUAUUGCACUUACCUUUCUCUUUGGUGCUUUUUGCACACUGCUCAUUCAAAAAUAAAUAAAUGUGUGCUAUAUUGUA